CACUACUGAAAUCACCAAAAAGAAUCCAGAGAAAAGUUCCAAGAACCGUCAAAACGCCAGAAGAACCUCAAAGAAGUCCAGAGAAAAGUUCCAAGAGCCGCCGGAAAGGCCUGGAAGAACCUCAGAAGAAUCCGAAAAAAGUCCAAAGAACCAACGAAAGAGCUUAAAGAAUCCAAAACGUAUCAAAUCAUCCCAAGAACCGCCGGAAGAAUUUAAAGAAUCCAAAAGAACCAAAUCGCUGGAAAUACUCAAAAAAUGUCUCAAGAACCAGCCUAAAAAACUAAAAUCACUACUACCAAGAAUCGACGGAAAAACUUCUAAAGAAUCCAAAAGAACCACAAAAGUCAGAAAGAAUCAUUGGAAGGAUCUCAAAACCAGAAAACCUAUCCAAAAACGAAGACUUUCUAGAUGA